UCCUAAUCCAGAAACAGAUAAAUAAAAGAGUUCCAAAUUUCACUAACAAGAAUCACAAAAUCCGUAUAAUCCCUUCGUUCAGAUCUUAUAGAUCAACCAAGUAUAAACGGAAACAUAUCUGUUUUUUUUAUUAAAUUCAGAUAUAUCUACACUUAUCCGGUCAUGGGAGGAACAAAUGGAACAACAUGUCCAGGGCCAAUGAAAGCAACAUCAAAUGGAGUAUUCCAAGGGGAGAAUCCUCUGGAGCAUGCGUUGCCUCUUCUCAUACUCCAGAUCUGUAUCGUUCUUCUUCUCACCCGUCUUCUUGCUUUUCUCCUCCGUCCUCUCCGGCAGCCACGUGUCAUCGCCGAGAUUGUCGGUGGAAUAUUACUUGGACCAUCAGCUCUCGGGAAAAGUUCAAAGUAUCUCACUACUAUUUUCCCACCGAAGAGUUUAACGGUCUUAGACACACUUGCAAAUUUAGGACUCAUCUUCUUCCUCUUCCUCGUUGGUCUCGAGCUCGAUCCUAAAUCCCUCAAACGAACCGGAAAAAGAGCUCUCUCGAUCGCUUUAGCUGGAAUGACUUUUCCUUUUAUCCUCGGUAUUGGAACAUCGUUUGCUCUCCGCAGUUCCAUUGCUGAUGGAGUCAGUAAAGCUCCUUUCCUUGUCUUCAUGGGGGUUGCUCUCUCCAUCACCGCUUUUCCAGUCUUGGCACGAAUUCUAGCUGAGAUCAAGCUUCUGACCACUGAUGUCGGAAAGAUUGCUUUGUCUGCUGCUGCGGUUAAUGAUGUGGCAGCAUGGAUUCUCCUUGCUCUCGCAGUGGCUCUCUCGGGUGACGGGAACUCUCCUCUCACAUCUCUGUGGGUGUUUCUCGCGGGGUGCGGUUUCGUCUUGUUCUGUAUCUUUGUCGUGCAACCGGGAAUUAAGUUGAUUGCUAAACGUUGUCCUGAGGGAGAACCAGUUAACGAACUUUACGUGUGUUGCACGUUAGGUAUUGUUCUUGCUGCUAGCUUUGUCACUGACUUGAUUGGCAUCCACGCGCUGUUCGGUGCAUUUGUGAUUGGGGUUAUUUUCCCUAAAGAAGGUAAUUUUGCGAAUGCUCUGGUUGAGAAAGUUGAGGAUCUCGUGUCAGGUCUUUUCUUGCCACUUUACUUUGUCUCAAGCGGUUUGAAAACGGAUGUGGCGACGAUUCAAGGAGCUCAGUCUUGGGGACUCUUGGUUUUGGUUAUUUUCAAUGCUUGUUUUGGUAAAAUCGUUGGUACAGUUCUCGUUUCGCUUUACUGCAAAGUUCCCCUUGACGAGUCUUUAGCACUUGGUUUCUUGAUGAACACAAAAGGCCUUGUUGAGCUCAUUGUCCUCAACAUCGGUAAAGACAGAGGGGUUUUGAAUGAUCAAGUAUUCGCAAUAAUGGUUCUUAUGGCGAUUUUCACCACGUUCAUGACAACUCCUCUAGUUCUUGCAGUGUAUAAACCGGGUAAAUCUUUAGCCAAAGGUGAUUACCAAAACCGAACAAUCGAGGAUACAAAGAAGUCCAACAAACCUCUCCGUCUCAUGUUCUGUUUCCAAAGCAUAAUGAACAUCCCAACAAUCGUCAACCUCAUAGAAGCAUCCCGAGGCUCAAACCGCAAAGAAACUCUAUCGGUCUACGCUAUGCAUCUUAUGGAGCUUUCCGAGAGGUCAUCCGCUGUACUCAUGGCUCAUAAAGUCAGGAAAAAUGGUCUUCCUUUCUGGAACAAAGGGAACGAUAGUUCUUCCGACAUGGUGGUGGUCGCAUUUGAGGCUUUCCGAAGACUCAGCCGUGUCUCUGUGCGUCCCAUGACGGCAAUCUCAGCGAUGGCGACUAUUCAUGAGGAUAUAUGCCAAAGCGCGACACGCAAAAGCACUGCUAUGGUGAUUCUUCCGUUUCAUAAACACGUUAGGCUGGACAGAACAUGGGAGACGACUCGGAACGAUUACCGUUGGAUUAACAAGAAGGUUAUGGAAGAAGCUUCAUGUUCUGUUGCGAUUCUGGUUGAUCGUGGACUUGGUGGUACGACUCGUGUAGCGUCUAGUGACUUCUCAUUGGUUAUAACGGUUUUGUUUUUUGGAGGGAAUGAUGAUCGGGAGGCGUUAGCGUUCGCGAUGCGUAUGGCGGAGCAUCCAGGGAUAAGUUUAAACGUUGUCCGGUUUAUCCCUAGCGAGGAAUUUAAACCGGAAAACGUAAAGCUUGAGAUAAGCGAAGAUCAUGCAUCAUGCUCAGUGGAAACAAGAUUGGUUGAUAUAGAAGCUAUAACCGAGCUUAAAGCAAAGAUUAAAGAACAAGAAAGUUCUCUGUCUAAUUUGGAAUCCGAAUCUCUAAUCGUUUACGAAGAGAAAAUCGUGAAAUCUCACGAGGAAGUUUUCGAAGCUAUCAAAGAGUGUUCUAAAAGCAAUCUUUUCUUGGUGGGGAAGUCACCUGAAGGUUCUGUGGCGUCGGGGUUACACGUGGAAAGAAGCGACACUCCUGAGCUUGGACCGAUCGGGAAUUUGUUAACGGCAAGUGAAAGUGUCUCGACGGUAGCCUCAGUAUUGGUGGUGCAACAGUACAUUGCUAGCCGUGUUCCUUCGCUCUCGAAGGACGUCAUGAAUGAAAAGUCAUUGGUUGAAGAUUCUGAGAGUCCUUAAUGGUUUUUCUCUUUGGUAUUCUGUGAUUCGAAAUGUCAAAAGAUUGGCUUGUAUGAUGAUGACAUGUGUUUCAUAUUGUAAAUAUUCCGAAUAUAUGAUUUGUGUAUGGCAAAGUCUCUGUUUCAUU